ACACUCAAAAGGACGAAAUCACAUUGUCGGAAAAGAAAGAAAAGCUUAAUUGAAAUCACUUGUCCCUUAAUAUAUUGAUAGGUGCCGAAUCUGAGCCGUCAAAAUCACUGGACUUAAUGCCCCACAUUUUCAUUUCCAAAUGACGUGAACCUUUGCUUCCUUAGUUCCUCUCUUGCGGAGUAUCAUAACGAACUCACUUCUCACUCUCCUUCCAUUCCGUUUUUCUGCAAAAUCACCAGCAAAUCCUUCUUCUUCUUUUCUUUUAUUUUCUCUUUCUUUCUAAUUUUUCCUCCUUUAUUUUGAAAAUCUAAUCCACAAAAUCAAUGGCGACUGCUUCUCCAUCGACUCCAAGCUUCUCAGCUUCCUUCUGCUGCAAACGCUCCGUGUUUAAUCCUCUGACUCGUUGCUUCCCGUCCGUAGCUUUAACUCAAUGGACUCGCUCGCCAACUCACCGACUCGUCAUUUCCUCGCGCGUCAACUCAAAAUCCUCGGGAGCUGGCGGCUCUGUUUCUCCUGACAACGGCGACGAGUUCAACCUGUACGAGAUGCCAAAGCAAUUUGGAGCGGAGCAGAGUAAGAAGAAGGGAUCGUCGGUGUUCGUGAUGCUUCCCGUAGGCGCAGUGGAAGUUGAGGGCAAGGUUCGGAGGAAAAAGAUCAUGUUCCACUCGUUGAAAGCGCUGGCCGCAUCCGGAGUCGAGGGCGUGGUAAUAGAGGUUUGGUGGGGCCUGGUGGAGAGGGACCUCCCUCAGGUUUACAAUUGGCAACCAUAUUUAGAACUUGUGGAGAUGGCGGAGGAGUCUGGCUUGAAGGUGAGGGCUGUCCUGGCCUUUCACCAGUGCGGAAAUGGACCUGAAGAUCCGUACUGGGUUCCUCUUCCCCGAUGGGUGCUUGAAGAGAUUGAUAAAAAUCCAGAUUUAGCUUACUGUGAUAGGUUUGGAAGAAGGAACAAGGAAUACAUAUCCCUAGGGUGUGAUACUCUUCCUGUUCUAAGGGGACGAUCACCAAUCCAAGCCUAUGCAGAUUUUAUGAGGAACUUCAGAGAUACUUUCAGGCCUUUACUUGGUGGUGUCAUUGCGGGAAUCCAAGUUGGGAUGGGUCCUGCAGGUGAAUUAAGAUAUCCUUCCUGCCCAUCAAAGAAGCUUGCUUGGGCUUGGCAUUCACGUGAACUUGGAGAGUUUCAGUGCUAUGAUAAGUAUAUGCUUGCAUCUCUCCAUGCUUGUGCUCAUGAAGUUGGAAUGCAUGAAUGGGGAAGUGGAGGCCCAAUUGGUGCUGGUAGUUUGAUUCAAGAUCCUGAGAAUUCUGAAUUUUUCAGAAGAAAUGAUGGAUCUUGGAACACACCCUAUGGUAAAUUUUUUCUUGAGUGGUACUCGGGGAUGCUACUGCUUCAUGGGCAAAGGAUAUGCAUGGAUGUUGAGAACAUUUUUCGUGGUAUUGAGAUGAAUAAAUCUGCGAAAGUGGCUGGGAUACACUGGCAUUAUGGCAUAGAGUCUCAUCCAUCUGAGUUAACAGCUGGCUACUAUAAUACUUCGGCUAGAGAUGGGUUCCUUCCAAUUACUGAAAUGUUCAGUAGGUAUAGAUUUACAUUGUGCUGCUCAGGUUUUGAAAAGCUUGAUAUGGAAGAGAAACAGUUGAACCCAUUAAGCAGUCCAGAAGAUUUUCUUAGGCAGUUGUUAUGGUCUGCUAGGAUUUGUCGUAUCCCUGUGGAAGGCGAAAAUUCUGCUCCUACUUGGGAUCAUAAAUCGUUUCAACAGGUGCUAAAGAUGAGAAAGUUCUACUCAUAUGGCCUGAAAAACGCUUCCUUUUCCUUCAACUUUGUGAGAAUGGACAAGCACAUGUUUGAAGGGCAUAAUUGGAUUAGCUUCACUCGUUUUGUGAGGCAAAUGUCAGAUGAUGAUCUUUUUCGAGCCAAACUAGAGUUUGGAGAUGAUAUACUAUCUUUGAUGUUAGAUGAUGCAAACACUUGGGCAGCUUUUGCCUGCGGUUGACGAAGCUUCAUCUCAUAUCCACCACCAAGGCAAAUCUUGGUACUUUAACGUCCAUUUCAUGUAUAUAACUUGCAGUAGUACAUAAUUCAGUACUCUCUUUCUCUCUUUAGCCACAUUUUUAAUGAUUUCCCCCUACCCUGACCGAGCUAUUUUGAGGUGUUACCUUGCCUACAUUUUUGAAGUGGUUGGCUUCAUAGUUCAUAUUGUUUUGUACAUUUCCACUUGGCAUGAAGAUAAAUUUUUUACUUCUAGUAUCACACUAGCACGUAGCACUUUGGUACUCUUUAUUGAUGCGAAUGAAAUCUCAGUUCCUGCUGGCCAGGGUUCAGAUUAGUUUAUAGCUUUGGCCAGGGUUCAGCCAUAUUACUUCA